AUGAAGUCCAUCCUCCCAGCCCUCCUCGGGCUCCUCCCGGCCGUCUCUGCCCACUACAUCUUCCAGCAACUCACCGUCGGCGGCACAAAGUACCCCGCGUGGGAGUACGUCCGGCGCAACUCCAACCCGUCCUGGCUGCAGAACGGCCCCGUGACGGACCUCAGCUCGACGGACCUGCGCUGCAACGUCGGCGGACAGGUCAGCAACGGGACUGAGACGGUGGAGAUUGCCGCGGGCGGGGAGUUUACCUUCACCUUGGAUACGGCGGUGUACCAUGCGGGCCCUGUCUCGUUGUAUAUGUCGAAAGCAACGGGUGAUGGGGUCGUGGCGGAUUAUGAUGGUAGUGGAGACUGGUUUAAGAUUUGGGAUUGGGGUCCGGAGGGGUCGAACUGGCCGCUGAGAGAUUCCUACACGUCCAACAUCCCCAAAUGCAUUUCCGACGGCGAGUACCUUCUGCGUAUUCAGCAGAUUGGUUUGCACAACCCGGGCGCUGCUCCUCAGUUUUACAUUAGCUGCGCCCAAGUCAAGGUUACCGGCGGCGGGAGCGCCACGCCGUCCCCGACUGCCCCGAUCCCAGGUGCCAUCAAGGCUGACGACCCAGGCCUGACGGUCAAUAUCUACAAUGGCGCUAUUACCAAUUAUGUUGUUCCCGGACCAGCAGUAUUCUCUUGCUAG